GUGCCACAAGCACAUACGAAGGAAUAAGCAAACUAUCUAUUACCCUAAUAUCGAAACGAAAUGAAAGUGAUUUUGCUAACGAUAUUGGCCUGCCUGGCGGCCGCUGUGUGCGCAGGACCCGGCCAAUCGCUCGGCGAAUCGAAGCUGCUGCAGGCGAUGCGCAGCACCAACGCACUGCAGCAAAACAAUCCGGCUCGCUCCAUAGAGUGCUUUCAGUACUACAGCGAGAUCUUCGACCAGCAGCUGCAGCAAUACGAGCAGCAGUAUCAAGCCUGCGAGAACAGCAGCCAGCUUCAGCUCGCGACACUCGAUUGGCUGUACGAGACGAAACUGUCCGGCUUGAGCAACAAUGCUCAGUCCGCCUGCCAACUGAUUCAAAACUGCGAUAAUCUAAAUGAUACCGGUUCAUCUCUAGCCUGUUAUGCACAGGUGGGCGCUGAAGACGCCAAGGUUAUGUACAACAUUUCGGGCGCAGCCAGCCAGUAUAACAGCGAGUUCAAUCAGAAGAAGCAGGUGAUCGAGUACCAGCUCGAAGACUGCUCGAAUGAGGCGAGACGUGCAUAUGAGGUUGACACGGAGCAGACCUAUGUCAGAUUGCAAGCUUGUUUAAUGGGCACUGAGCCGGUGCCAAGUACCACUACAGCUGGAACUAGUGCAUCGCCAGUGACCGGAACAACUACGCCCGUGCCAAGCACAACGGGAAAUAGCACAGCCGAUACUAGUUCGUCUCCGGUGAUAAGCACAACGACGCCCGUUCCCAGCACCACUGUUCGAUCAACGAAAGCUCCAAAAACUACAACAACAAAAACAACAACAACAACCGAUAUUCCAGCUACAACAACUACAACAGGUGCUUACACGACCAGUUCGAUUCCAGUUUCAAAAAGCACUACAAUUGCAACAACUUCAACUUCCAGAAGACCCAUUUCAAGUAUAAAGCCAACAACGACAACCGACACAUCCACAGCCACGCCCAGUCCUAGUUCCAGUACCAGUUCCCAUGCCACACCACCAGUUCCACUCGAUUCCACAACAGCAUCACUUAUCAGCACAACACUUCCCGUUCCCCUAUCGACGACAUCGGCUUUAGUUACAGUCAAGCCAACAGCUUCGGCCGCGCCCAGCCUGAGCUCAGAUCUUAAGAAGCUGCUGCACUCUCUGCUACACUAGACAACAUGGUUUAUGUACUGCAUUAAAUAGGUAACGAGCUGACAAACCCUCGCUAACAUUGGAGUUGCAAAA